CGCGGCGCGUUAGUGUCGACGCAACAAUACAAUAGAACUAUUUUACAUUUUGAACCGUGUAUCCCGCGCAUUACAGCUACGGCCCGUAUUGACAACGAAUUUACACAUAGAUUAAAAAUUAUAAAAAAAAGUUAUUUGACAGUUCUAUUCGCGGCGAACACAAUCAAGGACGGUGUAAUUAGGAAAUUUUGGAUAAGUGCGUCUUUUGCGAUAAGAUAAUUUUUAUAGGAACGUCAUAUUUGUGGCGUGCUCGUGAGUGGUCGAUCGCUUAUUUUGAAGUGAAUAAGUUUUAUUUUAGUGCGACGUGUUGGUUUUGGAUUUUGGUGGUGAAGGAUAACCACCAAAAUGCUAUCCCGAGCGUGCGCACACACCAGCCAUUAGACUAAAAACUACCAAACAUGCUCCACACGCGCAACAUGGCAACCCGGUGACUAAUUUCCAUCACCGACACGAGAUGGCGCUGUUAACGAACUCCUCCGCGAGCGGGCCGACGGCGGCCCCUGCGGCACCUCAAGCGCAUCACUCGACUACACCGCUACAUCACUACUUUCAUUAUCUGAAGCAGCCUUCGCCGCUGUCUCAGAAUCCGUACGCUCAUCACUCGAGCGCGCAUCAUAUGGGCAUGGGGCCUGGACCGCUUGGGGGGUUGGGGCCGUUUGGACUUACGCAUCAUGGGCUUGAGGCUGUGGGCUUCCCGCAAGGCGUAAACCCCAGAAAGCAGAGGCGAGAGCGUACAACAUUCACACGGGCACAACUAGAUGUGCUCGAAGCACUCUUCGGGAAGACGAGAUAUCCUGACAUCUUCAUGAGAGAGGAGGUCGCUUUGAAGAUUAACCUGCCGGAGUCGAGGGUUCAGGUCUGGUUCAAAAACCGCCGCGCGAAAUGCCGGCAACAACUUCAGCAACAAACCAACACGCAGAUAUCUAGCAAAUCCUCCUCUGGUUCCAAAACAAUAUCGUCCACGAACGCGAUAAAAAGCAGCAAUUCCUCCUCAAAGAUAUCCACAUCCAAAUCCUUAACUAGUUCGAGUUCCACGACACAAAACACGUCGAGUAUCACGACGUCAUCACCGAACCUACCCAUAACCCCCACAACGUCAGUCAGCCCACCAAUCAAUGUAAUCUGUAAGAAGGAAAGCGCUCCAUCCAACUACGACUCUUCUCCUUUAAACAAGAAUUUAUCACUCCAUCAUUACAAUUCGAACGACUUAAGAAUCAGCGGGAAGGACUCCUCCCCGUCCGAUACUUUAUCCAACGUCCACUCUUAUGGUGUGACUCCGAAACAGGAGUUAUAUUCGAGCCCAAAAAGACUGGACUAUUCGAGUAAAGUCGAUUAUUCGGAGAAGUCGUUCGGCAGUAACCUAGUUAAGGACCAGUAUAGCUCCCGUUUGACUGGCAACCUGACUCCGUUAGGAUCUAAUUCCUCGAUAAUGACUACGCCCUCGCCCCCCAUAACUCCGCAGAGCCUGAACGGGCCGGGGAAUGUGUAUCACCCGGACAGCUACAAUAGCUUCCACUGGCCCGGCAGCUCGGAUUAUAUACGAAGUUAUUCGAGCUCGCACCACCAUCAGGGAUACGGGCAGAGCGCGUACAAUUCGCCGUAUUAUCCUAGUCAGAUGGAGUACUUCAACGGCGCCUCAGUGAACCAGUCCCACGGCAGCCACGGCCACAACCUCGCGAACGGCAACCAGCUCUACAACCAGGUAUCGUUCGGCAACCCGUCCCCGCCCGCCGCGUGGCCCUCCCACAACAUCCUCUCCUCUGGCCCCGAGUCCCCAGAAAACCAAUCCCAAAAUUCCCCACACCUCAGCAUGCUACAAGCCUCCCAAAUCACCAAUUUCUCCAACUCGGGUAAUAGCUACUUCGCCCCGGAAAAGUACGGCAUUAAUAUGGUGUAGUAUCUCUAGUCUUUUUCUAGGUUAUUGUAAAUAUAGGCGGCAGUGUGUCCCAGCGGCGCUCGGUUCGAUUUCGACUCGUUUUUGUUUCGAUCUUUUCUACUUUCAAAUGUUCGACACAUUUCUUCGAUCGUGCCGUCGACUUUGGCGGAAAUGUUUCAUUCACUUUGAAAGUGGGCAAAAUCGCUUGUACAUUUAUACAUAUCACACCUUGACUUGCGACGAAGCGAGCGUCGUUGCUAUACACUGUCUAUAGUUAAUUGCAAAGGAGAUUCUGUCUAUACUUUGUAAAUUUUCAUUUUGGACAAAUGCGCUUACCGUGUUUUCUUGCCACACAACUUAGUACAAAAUCGUAUCCCAGUAAUGUAAAAACACAGUAACUUAUCUUAAUUAUCACCAAUAAAUCACAAACACGGUUUUCGCAUUUGUCCAAUUUAAUAUUUACGAAUCGUUCUAAGACUUUUAUUUAAAGCGGCUUUAAAUUCAACGAAUUAUUUAACUGAGGCCUAAUUACGGCUGGCGAGCCAUAAAAUUCCAAACAUUAUGUUUUGCAAUGUACAUUCCCAAGUCAUAUCAUUUACUUUUAAAUUAGGCUAUGUCUAGUGACUAUCGCACUUGCGUUAAAACUAUUGUAAAUAGAGAAUAAGAAUUUUUAUUUUUAAAUGAAUUUGUAAAUGUGCGUGCUACGAUUGUAUAUGUGACUUAGUAUAAAGUUAUGUGUUAUUCCUAAACUGUCGGCAAAUCGCUGUGAUUCACUUUCGUUAAUGUACAGUCGAUGUAAAUUAAUUUAUAAUAGUUUAAUUUACUUACGAAAUAAAUGAAAUAAUCGUGUUUCAUUUGAACUUAAAGUCAACUUUGGGAACUGUCAGUGAAAUCGUGCAUUUCAUUUAGAUGUAAAGUGAAUGAAACGAACAAUACAAUUAUUGAGAGAUUACUAGGUUAUGUAUUUAUGCCUUGGAAUGUAUUGAUUUCGAUUAAUAAAUAUAAUUUGAAUUUAAAUCAACGUUUGAAUCCAAAUGUCGUGUUCAUUUAGCGAAAUUAGUACAUUUAUUUAUUACAUUAUAAAUACAUUUUGCAUAGAUUUGUUUUUAAUUUAAUUUUCGGAAAUGUAGAAUGAAGUAAUUUUGUAACUUAUAGUACAUUUUAUGCUUGGACAUAGAUAAGUUAGGGUUAAGUACAUUCAUUGUACUAAGUUCGAUAAAGAGUCAGUGUAUUUUUUUUAAGUUAAGUUGUAUUAAUUAUUGAUAGCUAUUGAAAUAUUGAAUCCGAAUAUAUGCAUAUAAAAUACAA